GGAGCCCCGCCGCCUCCCACUGCGCCUGCGUGGGGCGACGUGGCACUGCCUGGCACUACAGCUCCCGGCGGCCCCCGCGCUGCGGCGCGCUGCACUGACGUCAUCGCCGCGCCGGGGCUGAGCGGGUGCGGGGCGCGAGAGCCAUUCAGGCCGCCAUGACCAAGCUGGGCCAGUGGCUGUGUGGACUCGCCCUGCUGGGCUCGGCCUGGGCCGCGCUGGCGCUGGCGCCGCCGGGGCUGCGGCUGCCCGCCCCGUGCCGGCAGGCCCUGCUGCCCCUGCCUGUCUACCUGCUGGUGGCCUUUGGCUGCUACUCCUUGGCUACCGUGGGCUACCGCCUGGCCACCUUCAACGACUGCGAGGAGGCGGCCGCUGAGCUGCAGGAGCACAUCAGCGCGGCGCGGGCUGACCUGCGGCGGCGAGGGCUGCGCUUCUGACCCAAUAAAGCUGAGGGACCGUG